AUGGAUCGGCCAGGAACUUCAUCAGAUUUUUUUCUAAGUUCCAUUCUUGAUAAUAUGGAGAAAUUAACGCCUUGCAUCCCUUUUGAGGAUCCUGGGUCAUCAGUUGCACAGGAGUCCUUACUACUGUCCUUACCGUCGAAUAUUUUGGACAAAAUAGUUGCGAAAAUCCCACUUUACGAACGAAUUAUAUCAUGUGGGUCAGUGUGCCGUCAACUGAGAGCUAGUGUAUCUAGAACCAUUACUUCUGUCGAGUUUUACAAGGAUGGAUUUGACAGUUUAAGCGAGAAGCGUUUGAAUUACUUCUUAAGCAUCUACGGAAAGAACAUCACAUACCUAAACUUUGAUCUGUUCCGUUCGACAUUCCUCCAGGAGUGUACUCAGUGGACUUGGAGACAAUCUGUCAUUAACACAGUCAGCUUUUGCAAAAAUUUGAAAGAGCUAAAUAUCUUGGUCUGUCAUAGACAUCGACUUAGAGAUAACGAUCUCAUUCGAAUUUUCACAGCCGCCCCAACUCUUGAGUCUGUCAGCAUUGAUGCAAAGUUCCUGAAUGGACACUGUUUUAUGACAGCGCCUCCAUCAUUGAAGAAAUUAGAACUUGAGAUGUGCUACAGAAUCACUGAGACAUCGCUGAAAUACAUUUUCAAUCUUAAAAAACUUACAGUCAUUCACUUCUCGGAAUUACUCAUUCUGAAAGAUGCUGUUAUAUAUGAUAUGAUACACAAGUUACGCCAUCUGACGCACGUCUCUAUCGUUUCAAAUCAAGAAACUUUAUACAGAGAUCUUACGCCUUCUGGAUUAGCUUUAUUCGGUCGACUUCCCCAUUUAACGACUUUAGGUUUGGAAGGUCUUAGUGCCGUAACUGAUAAGUUCCUGAUGGAAAUCACUAAUGAGAAAAAUCCUAUAUGUACGAAGCUAACCGGGCUUUCACUAGCCUUUUCUUAUAAUAUUGGACUAUCUGGAAUAAGAUGCUUGAGCAAGUUGCAUUCUCUUGAAAAUUUGAAUUUGGAAGGUGUAAGCAAGCGAGACGUUUCUCUCGGUUUGGAAGUAGUUGCUCAAUGCGGUAAACUUGUUCGACUUUUAUUGGCCGAAAAAUGUAAUGUGUCUCCUGAUGCAUUGAAGCUGAUUGUAGCUAGCUCGCCUAACUUGCGAUUCCUUGAUAUAACCAAUAACGAAGAGAUCAUAAACUGGCAUUGUGCUAAGGAAAUAGUUUUACAUUGGGCUCAGACAAAACGCCCUCAAUUAACCAUUUUAACCGACGAUCAUAUUACAUGGAAUAUGGUUGUUAAGCCUCCUGUUAAUGCCUACGGUGUUGUACCAGUCAACGUUAUCCAUGUACAUAGACAAUCAGUACCUUGCGAAGAUGUUUUACCAGAUUCCUCGUUAUCAAAUGAAGAUGUUUCCCAAAUUUCACCUGGAUUACUGUAUCCUGCUCUCCGUAAGGGCAUACGUUAUCGUUUACUAUAUGAAACUCUCGGUGGAGGUGAACAGGAAGAGAAAGAAAAUGGUAUUUUCUGCAAUUCACCGCCUAUUGCCGAUGUCGUUGAGCAGCCUGCUGCUGUAAACAUUAUGAAUGUUUUACAAUCUAAGAAACGACAAAAGUUUUUUGAUAUUGGAAAUAAAAUGAGUGAUGCCAAUCUCCCUUCUGGAUUUAGCUUCUCUCCUGUUUCUGCAGACGGGGAUCCCAGCAGUCGUGAUUGGUCGGUUGAUGUGUUGUCGCUCCUCCUCAAUACUCACGCCUAUCACGAUGGAGCUCAUGUUGGACCUAUGCCUGUCAAGGAAGGGAUUGUUUUCAAACCAGAUGGAAGGGUAGGCGCGAACGCUUCUAUUAAUCCCUUUGCUCAGAAAAAUGGUGGGGCCCCCCGUCCCCCUAUUGAAAUCCCACCCCAGCCAGUAGUUCAUUAUACCAGGGGGUCUAGGGCUAAACGACGUUCUGUUCCUUUAAAACCUACUAAUGCUGCGCAUAAGUUUGAUGCAAGUGAUUUCCCACCUCUAAGUAGUUAA